AUGAGGGUCCCGGCCGGGGAGGAGGGCAAUGGUUGCCAGCCUCCCGUCUCCAGAGACGCAGCAUCCUGGCAGCCCAAGCUCGGCCCCACCCGCUCCGCCCCGCCCCCGGCCUCGCGCCGCCCCUCGCUCUCCCAGGCCGCCGGGGCUCGCGGGGCUCGCUGCCCAUCACCCUCGGGCCCGACCCGAGUUGCGCCGCAGCUGCCCCCGGCCCGACGAGCAAGUCCAGGCCGCAGCUCCUCGGGGCCCGCGAACGGCGCUGCGAAGAACCGCCGCGGCGAGGCCCGCAGCCCCAGCCCGCCGCACCUGCCUAGGCCCCAAGGCGGCCCCGGCUACAGUCCCCGCGGGUCCCGGAGCUCCAGCCGCCCCCGCUCCCCACCCGGGCCCAGCCCUCGCCCCCGGCUAGGCCCGCCCCGCUCCCUCCCCACACACCCGGCCCGGCGCCCUCGGCCCCCUCCCUCAAAGGCCCGCGCUCCCUCCGCCCGCCGACUCAGGCCGCCCCGAACUCAACCGACCCCCUCCCCGCCUCAGCGCCGGCCCCGAGCCCUCUUCCGGCCCAGCCGGCCCCCGGCCGCGCGCCCCCGUUACCGGGAAUAUGGCGGCGGCGGCGGCGAGUCCAGACUAGGCCCGAAGCGCGCGAACCGCUCUCGGCCCCAGGUGCCGCCCCCCCCCCCCCCGCCGCCGGCGUCACACGCACGGCCACUUCCGCCAUACGCAGGGACACAUCUUCCGGCUCAGGGCCUCUGCGCCGAAGUCGGCGGGGCGGGCGUCCCGGGGUUGCCGGAAGUGGCUGGGUAG